UCACUCGCAUGCCUGCGCGCACUCGCGUCUCACGCGCCGACUCGCGCGCACGUUGUGUGGUGAUAAGUGACGUGCUAAGUGACAGUUGUGUUCGUGCAGUGUAAACACGCCUUUGUAUUUGGAGUCAUUGAUUUUUCUGCACCAUGUUUCCCAGGAUACAGGGGCUGUUCCAUUCGGUGACAGAAAAAAGACAGCACAAUGACUGUGGAGAAAACAGUGUGACGAUAGUCACAGAGAAGAAGAUCGAAGAUGAUUCGUCAGACUCAUCCAGUGGAGAAAAUGUCGAAAUCGAAGACAAGCCCCUCCCGAUAGUGGAGCCGGCUGCCUUGGAAUCAACAGAUGAGGGCCACGCGGCGCAGUGCGCAUGCCCGAACUGCGACGAGGUGCUCGCGCGCUUCUCCGAGUGCAGCAUAUGCUUGGAACCGUUACAGUGCUGCGGUCCCUGCGUGUGUCCCUGGUGCGGAGGUGUGUGGUGCGCGCGCUGUUCUCGACGGAUCUCGCGCUGCGCGUGGUGUAGAGGCGCCCUGCGAGCGCCGGCGGCGCCGUGCUUGGCGCUGCAGAGGCUUGUCAAUGAUCUCAUGCUACCGUGUAGGAAUUACAGACGCGGCUGCACAGAGCUCCUCACAGCAGCCACCAGACCGAAGCACGAGGAAAACUGCAAAUUCGAUACCAUGACCUGCCCCAUCACGGCCAACUGCUGCUCCAUACCCUUCGAAGAACUCUCCGCUCAUCUCCAGGGCACCCACAACAUCAUCGCCGUCUACUCACAAAAAAUCAAGAUCCUCAUAGAAAACUUCCAAACCAAGUUGAAGAAAACCGCUUGCUGCAGAACUAAAUACAAGAUCAUUCUGCUUCAUCAAAAAAGCGCCUUCAUCAUCAAAGUAUGCAUCUACAAUUACCAUGUCAGAGUAGAAGUGAUGAGAAGAAAACUAGGAUACAUCGCAGACGCCAAGUCUGAAUCUAGAAAAAGCGACUACUGUGCUUUAGUCGAGUUUCAAUCUAAAGCACUAAGUACAAAGUCAGCCAUUCUUAUUGAGAAUGAGAAUUAUAGCAAGAAAGCCGAAAUACAGUGGAAUGAUGUUAUAAUGAAAUCGGAAAACGACGAGGCGAUUACGAUUCAUGUUAAUAUUGGUAAAUCUGAUGCUGAAAGGAAAGAUUAUGCGGAACCAUAAUCGGCGUGACGAUGAAUAACUUAAGUUGCUAAUUGAACAUUUUUGAGAAGUCUAACUAGAGACUUGAUUGUGAUAUGAGGGAAGAAUACUAUUCAAGCAUAGGGUGCUACUGUUGGUCAAUGAAAGAUAGACGGGUUUGACCAGUUAGGUUAGUGUCGCUUGAAGUUCUAAAGAUGCUGGUGCCAUCUGUUAGCUUGACGUAUGAUUCCUUUAAAUAGACACUGCUCAACUGUCUCAGUGAGUUAGCUGUCUUAUUUUUAAUCAGCGCCGGAACUUUUAACGAAGGCCAAUUCGGUUUUGGCGAUAUCGUAAAUGUGGUUAAUUAUUUUGGCCUUAAGAGAUCUGUGAGCUUAAAUUGUAUCACUUCCUGUAGAAAGGUCAGAGGUUUAGUAAAUUCGAUAAAACGAGUGACGUCUUUCAGUUAUCAGUCUCAUUCAUUACGUAACGGUAUGAACACAUGUUUUAUGUAGAGUAGUUAGUGUAAAAUAAAGUCAAUACGUUGAUAAUACGAGGGAUACGAUGGGUUGAUAAGUUUCCGAAAUGAAGACGAAAACACAAAAAUAUUUGAAUCUGACUAAUUAAUUUUUCUACAUAUGCUCCUUCUAGUUCGAUAUAACUAAACCGAGGCUUUUCCGGGCCCAUUAUUCCGUUCUCAUAUAAUUUUCUGUUGAGGCCCUCUAAAGAGCCACUUUUGCCGUCAAUUAUUUUGGUGUUGGUGGAUUUUUUUGUCGUAUUAGCCAUAAAUGAAAUUUUGACACAUACUUAAGUCACGGAGGUCCAAAUCCUGCAAAUGCGGCAAAUAGAGUAUUAAUUCGAAGCGCUAAAAUUGCCGUCAUAACGGUAGCCAUGUAAAUAGGCGAGUUAUCGUCUUUAAGGGCUGCAGCGGCAGCCAACAUGCAGAAAUCUUUUUUUUUUUGACAAAUAUUCUACUAAUAUAUAUAGAAAACUUAUUCCGGCGAGCUGUUUACAAUCUCUUCUGUCUCCCAAGGUAAUUAUCGACAGUGUUUUAAUACAAUAUUUUUACUUUUUUGGUCGUUUCUGGGAUAUACACCUCAUUUGGUCUCCAACUGCUGGGAUACGCCAUUGACGCUUUGUCGUCUUCGUAUGAAAUCAUCUACCCAAGUGCGGACGGUACUAAAAGGUUCAUAGUCCCCUAUGGCACGAUGCAGCACAGUUUUAAUCUGGGUUUCCGUUUUUUUCCUUUUUAAACUUGAAACUGUAUGACAACUCGAUCCUCAGUUCUCAGCAUUUUUAUCAAAAUGGAAAACUGACUCACUUCAUACCUCAAUAUUUUUUUUGAAAAACAAAUAAACGAACUAUUUUUAGGGUUCCGUACCUCAGAAGGAAAAAACGGAACCCCUAUAGGAUCACUUGUGCGUCUGGCUGUCCGUCUGUCACAGCCCAUUUUUAUAAAUAUUUAAUUGAGAAAGAUUGCAAAUUACGAUAGAAAAGGAAUUUAUAUCAUUAUGUAUUUUGAAACAUAAUUGUCGUUUCGGUUUUUUAUCGACCCACCCUCGUAUUUAUUAUCUCUCUUAGUCAAAUUUCAAGGAACAGUUACAUUCCAAAUAUGUAUAAAAAUACAUUUAAAAGCAUUUCUUUUCAACGUCAGAUUAUUAUAUUGCCAUAGAGAGCCAUUUCUUAAAUUGUUCAGCAUUAAUUCCGUUCAUACAUAAAUUUAUGAACGUGAAGCAAAGUUCCAGGUUUCUUUUAUGUAAACGACCAAUUGUGACUGAUCUAGUUUUAAACUUAAUUUUAUUGUAUUACUAAGAUUAGUAUAGUAAAAUUAUUAAUAAAUAUGUACUUAGAUUUUUUUUACACAA